AUGUCUGGAGAGUUGCAAAGAAAGCAGAAAAAGAACGACGCUGAAGGUAAAGAGAAUUGCGAGCGUCAAGGUCUUGGCGAUGGAAUGAAGAAACUCAGGCGAGACGACGACGGUGGGCAAUACGACUCAAACGGUGGGGAGGGUGGCCGGGGUAACCCUGCUAACAGCUUCUGCUCUCCAUACCAUGCCUAUGUUCAAUUGAUUGAACCCUUGGCCAAGCGGGCUUGCAUUCGAUGUUGUCAGAAUCCCUUCGAAUGCGAUCUUUCAAACGAUGUUCGUGGCUGCCCGGUCGUCAUUCCGGGGAAAUACUUCACUUGUGCUUGA